AUGUUUAACGGAGAGCCUGGUCCAGCCUCAGCUGGGACCUCCAGGAAUGUGGUGCGGAGCUCCAGCAUCAGUGGUGAAAUCGGCGGAUCCCAGCAAGCUGGGGGUGGGACUGGGACCACCACAGCCAAGAAGCGGCGCAGCAGCCUGGGUGCCAAGAUGGUGGCCAUUGUGGGCCUGACCCAGUGGAGCAAGAGCACACUGCAGCUCCCUCAGCCUGAAGGGGCCACCAAGAAGCUGCGCAGCAACAUCCGGCGGAGCACGGAGACUGGCAUCGCGGUGGAGAUGCGGAGUCGAGUCACGCGCCAGGGCAGCCGUGAGUCCACUGAUGGGAGCACCAACAGCAACAGCUCGGACGGCAUGUUCAUCUUCCCUACCACCCGGCUGGGAGCUGAAAGCCAGUUCAGUGAUUUCUUGGAUGGGCUUGGACCUGCCCAGAUUGUGGGGCGACAGACACUGGCCACACCUCCCAUGGGAGAUGUGCACAUUGCCAUCAUGGACCGCAGUGGCCAGCUGGAGGUGGAAGUGAUUGAAGCUCGGGGGCUGACCCCCAAACCAGGCUCCAAAUCCCUUCCAGCUACCUAUAUCAAGGCUUACCUGCUUGAGAAUGGGGCCUGCUUGGCCAAGAAGAAGACCAAGGUGGCCAAGAAGACCUGUGAUCCCCUGUACCAGCAGGCUCUGCUCUUUGAUGAGGGGCCCCAGGGCAAGGUGCUACAGGUGAUUGUGUGGGGAGACUAUGGCCGCAUGGACCACAAGUGCUUCAUGGGCAUGGCCCAGAUCAUGCUGGAUGAGCUGGACCUGAGUGCUGCGGUCACCGGCUGGUACAAACUCUUCCCCACUUCUUCUGUGGCCGACUCUACACUCGGAUCCCUUACCAGGCGCCUGUCCCAGUCCUCCCUGGAGAGUGCCACCAGCCCCUCAUGCUCCUAAAGACCUUGCUCAGGACAGGACGAGAGGCCAGGGUGGUGUGAGAAGGGAGCCUGCUGGCCUCACCUUCCCCCCUGUACAUAGUC